ACAGAAAAUUGACAUUUAUUAUGUAUACACAAUGUACAUAUUUGUGUAAAAUAACUUAGCCUUGAAACAUUCAUUGGGGUCCAAAUGUCUGAAGCUUCUGAGACUUUUGGUCUCCGCUGUAUGCGUGUAUAUGAGCAGACACUGUGUUUUUAAAAUAAAUUGAGCUUGGAACAAUCUACAUCUGUGUGCUUAACCAAAAACUGGUUGUCUGUUCCAUUUAUUUGUUUCAAGGGAACAUCUCAAAAUGUCAAAACAGCUAAGCAUUAAGAGACCCAAGUCUUGCCGUUACAUGGACGUAAGACUGCUGAACCACAAAGAGGACGUCCAUCUUCAGUGGAAACUACACAACAUCAGCGCCAAAUACAGACUCAACCUCAGGCUGCUGGAGCAGGAGCGCGAGCUAGUGCUAAAAGAGCACAAACGGCUGCUUAAUUUAAGGGUUUGCGAACCGCACGCGACCAUAAACAAAACAAUGAGGGCCAUAUCAGAGGUCAGGAUGACAAACGAUGCACACGAGACACGAUUUUCAAAAUCCGCUCCAGCUUUCAGACCUAUAUCCUCGGUGAAAGCGUGUAAGGAUGACAGAGAACAGAGGUUUGCUAAAUCAGCAUCAUUCUCUGUCAAGCAAGUCGAUUCUUCUUCAUCUAUGAUAGUCACAGAGAAAUUCAAAGCUUCAGAAAACGCUCAGCUUUCCAUUCUACAGCUGAAAGACCUGGCGUUGAUCGACAGCAUCUCUCAGAAAGAGCUGAUGUAUCAGGAAGAGUAUUAUCGACGGUAUAAAGAAAGACUGAAACAACUGCAGAGAGAAAAACUACAACAGAAAAUAAGGUGCUUUCUCAACUCUAUAGAGCAUUUGACAAUGUAUGUAUGAACAUUUGUGUGCUUUUAA